AAUCGGAAGAUGAAUUCAUCUGUCUGGCUUCUCCUUCAUGUUUUCAUCAUAUUCUCUGCAAGGGCAGAGGAUAUCAGUGGCAGUACCAGCAUAGUCUUUACUACUCAAGAUAGAGCAAAUUACGCUUUUGACAUCUUCAGCCUCAGGACAUCUCACCCACCAGACAACGACGAUGAGAUUGUACUCACAGAUGGUCAAUCUGUGAACUUCAAUGGCUACUUCCCCUCUCUCUCUUCUUCAAUCCUCUCUUUGCUCCUUCCUAAUCAAACUCUCACCCUAGAUCCCACUCCUUCACCUCCUCUGCAACUUCUCCUCUAUGUCACAGAGAGACUUGGGUACUCAAACAUCUAUCUUGAUGCUUAUUAUAUCGUUGACUCCAUCGACUUCAACCUCAAAAGAAGAUCGGCUUUUGAAAGCCCUUCUCGAAUUCAGGUUCCUCUGUUCCAUCCAAAACAGACAGAUGCCAAAAUCUCCAUGAAAGACCGACCUUCUAUUGCAGGGGAGAAUCUUAUCUAUGUGUCAACCCAUGAAAAUUCUGGGGUACCCAGAAAAAGCUGGGCUGCUGUAUACUCAACCAAUAUCAUAACAGGUGAGAAUCGAAGGCUAACCCCUUAUGGCAUCGCCGAUUUCAGCCCUUCCGUUUCUCCUUCUGGGGUUUGGACUGCUGUGGCUUCAUCUGGGGAGAAGGGAUGGGACGGAGAAGUUGAAGAACUCAACACGGAUAUCUAUGUUUUCAAGACUCGAGAUGGGUCUGAGAGGAUUAAAUUGGUCGAUCAUGGCGGUUGGCCUUGUUGGAUCGAUGAUUUCACUCUGUAUUUCCAUCGCAGAAGUGACGAUGGAUGGUGGAGCGUUUACAGAGCGAGUCUGCCUCGGCUGAGAAGAAUACGGUCCGAGUUGGUGGUGAUUGAGCGAGUUACUCCACCGGGUCUCCAUGCUUUCACUCCUGCUGCUUCACCGAGUAACAAAAGCUUCAUCGCCGUGGCAACGAGGAGACCCAGCUCGGAUUUCCGGCAUAUUGAGCUAUUUGAUCUUGUAAGAAACGAGUUUAGGGAGUUAACUCGGAAGGUCUCGCCCAAUUCUCACCACUACAACCCGUUCAUCUCUCCCGAUUCGACUCUUGUUGGGUAUCAUAGAUGCAGACGAAGCAGUAAAGAAGGAACUGGUGGUCCUCUUAUGCUUGAGAAUCUCGAAAGCCCAUUAAAUGAUUUAUCUCUGUUCAGGAUUGAUGGGUCGUUCCCUUCCUUCUCUCCCGACGGCGAACGAAUUGCUUAUGUGGGUUUUCCCGGUGUUUACGUAGUGAAUCGUGACGGUUCCGGAAAGAGGCAAGUUCUACCCGGCACUGCCUUCUCCACUGCUUGGGACUGGAAGCGUAGAGGGGUUAUCUACACCAGCAUCGGGCCCAUCUUUGCUGAAGAAAGCACAGACGUCGAUAUAGUAUCUGUUGCCGUUGAUGAGGACAAAAAUGGCGAAAUGGGUUAUGCUCCUUACAAGAAACUGACAAUCGGCGGCAAAAAUAAUGCGUUCCCGUCACCCUCGCCGGACGGGAAGUGGGUUGUGUUCCGGUCAGGCCGGUCGGGUUACAAGAACCUUUAUUUGAUGGAUGCGAUUGAGGGAGAGAAAAGUGGGCUCCGCAGGCUUACAGAAGGGCCAUGGACGGACACGAUGUGCAAUUGGUCUCCAGAUAGUGAGUGGAUUGCCUUUGCAUCGGAUCGGGAUAACCCGGGUGGAGGGAGCUUCGCUAUUUAUGUCAUACACCCAAAUGGAACCGAUCUUAAGAAGGUGGUUCACAGUGGUGAGGAUGGUCGGACCAAUCAUCCCUGGUUCAGCCCGGAUGGGAAGAGUAUUGUGUUUACGUCAGACUACGUGGGCGUGUCAGCAGAGCCAAUAGCAAAUCCUCAUCACUUCGGGCCCUACGGUGAAAUUUUCACUGCUAAGGUGGACGGUUCGGGUAUCCAGAGGCUGACCCAUAACUCGUAUGAGGAUGGUACACCUUCCUGGGGGCCCACAUUCAUCAAGCCUGAAGAUGUAGUUGAGUCACCUUACAGCAGCGCUCGGUGCUUGUUUGAUGAUUGUCAUUGGUUGGGACAGGCUAACAAGAAUGAAGUUGGGAACUUGGAAUCACAUCAUGGGUCUCAAGUCUGUCACCAAGUGUCAAAAAUGUGA